UAGCGGGCCCGGCCCCUUUAAGAGGGGCGUGGCUUCGCGGCAGGCGGGAGCCGGAGGAGGCCGGAAGUGCGCGUCACGGGCCUGUAGGGUGGGUCCGCGCGCCAACCGGAAGCGGAAGUGGCCACUGGGCCGCGGCUGCGGGCUGAAGGCUUUACGCAAGAGAUGGGCUCCAAGGCCAAGAAGCGCGUGGUGCUGCCCACCCGCCCGGCGCCCCCCACGGUGGAGCAGAUCCUGGAAGACGUGCGGGGGGCACCCGCCAAGGACCUAGUCUUCACCGCCGUGGCCCGGGAAGACCCCCCAGCCCCCUCGGGGAGGGCCGAGGACACUGAGGCCCAGCGGGAGCAGCUCUACCAGCAGAGCCGGGUCUACGUGGCCACGAACCAGCGGCUGUGGCGCGCGGGCGCCCAGCUGAAGCAGCAGCGUGAGGAGCUGUGGCAGGCACGCGAGGAGCUGGAGCAGGAGGUCAGCCACGUGGGCCAGGUGGCUCUGCCGGGCACCGCGGCCGCCACCUUCCUGGGCUGACCCGGGGCCUCGGGGCCUCCGCUCGACACCUGGCCUGGCGCACCUCACCUGACACCUGGCCCCUGGGUCCCGGAACCAGGGUCCAGGCUCUCUGAUCCGCGGCCUAGGCACGCCUGGCACCCAGAGACCCCGGGGGACACAGCCCGCCCAGGGGGUGGGGCUGCCUCAGCCAGGCACAGGCCCCUCCCCGAGGGUGGGGUCCGGGUUGUGCGCAUGCCCCUUGCCCUGAGGAGCCCCGACUGGACUUCCUGCGGGGCCCAGCCCCCGAGGGCCCUCCGUCCAUCCUCCCUUCCUUCCUCUGGCGACCCUGCUUCACUGCUCCCCACAUCAGACUGAACUGGUGGGACCCACCCCUCUGGUUCUGCCGUCUCCGUGUUAACUGGGGGGCCCCAGGGGUCCCAGAAGAGGGUGGGGAGUUCAGUGUCCUCCCUGACACGUAGUGGCUAUGGUUAUGUGAGGAGCUGUGGCCCCCCCAGGGCCCAGAUCUGAGAUGGGGCCUCGUGGUGGGUGCCACCCCUCAGGGCCCCCGGCACCCCGACCCAGGGCCUGGGCGCUCCCCCAGGGCACUUGUCUGUCCGUCAGCUGUGGGGUUCUGUCACAUGGGGGCGCCAUGAGAGGACAUGGUGGUCAGUCCACUGCCCCGGGCCAUCACCCAGCUGCCCUCCUGUCCGUACACCUUCGUCUGUGGACAGGUGGGUGGUGGGGCAGGAGAGGAUCUUGAAAAGGGCAUCACCCUAAAAAACCCAUCCCAUGAAGACCAGAGAAGCAGUAGGCUGGCGGGAGGUGGCCCCGGGGCCAGGCCCGUCGUGGAUGAGCCCAAGUCCCUCUGAUGAAAUCCCUGUGUGUAGCUGCCUGAACAGUGCCUCCAUAGACCACUCCUUUGCAGGGUCCCCAGAAGCUCGGGGCAGUGCUGGGACCCAGCACGCAGGGCCCUGACAAGGGAGACCCUGCGCAUCCCAGGCAGAAAGAGUGUCUGCUUCACCCUCAGAGACCCCAAAACUGGAGACUUGACUUUGGAGGCCCAGGAGACAAGCCCAGUGCGGGCUUGUCUCUAGUGGCAGCAGUGGACGCCAGGCUGCCUCCUCCAGGGUGCGCUGGCUAACAGCGGGCCCCUGGGGUGAGCUGCUUCCCCUCUCCCUGCCUGGCCUGGCCUCCGGGUGGGGCCGCCUGUCUUUGGGGCACUGUCCACCCUCCAGAUCCCCCCUGGCAUCAGGCAGAGACACUCCACUGACUCCUGCCGGGUGCCUCCCCCUGCGCCUGUUCUGAGUGCUCUCCCUGCACCCCCGGGUCACACUGGGGCUCAGCCCUCAGGCGUCCCCUCGCGUCCUCGCGGUUGUGGGGAGCGAGGCUCUGCAGGUGGCAUGUGGACCCCCACCCUGGCUUGUCCCCCCUGGAGACAGGCGCAGGCAUUGUGGAGCGCAACUCAACAGCUGUUUAUUAAAGGUGCAUGUGAGACGC